AUGACGAAAAUCAAAGAUUUUGCAUUCAGAUUGUACAACCACGUAGCUUCAGAUCCAGCAAGCAAAAAUAUUUUCUUCUCUCCCCUCAGCAUUUCCAUAGCCUUUUCCAUGCUGGCCUUGGGUGCCAAAUCUGAAACCCAGAGUCAGGUUUACAAAGGACUUGCUUUCAACCUCUCAGAGACUGAGGAAGAGGAGAUCCACAGAGGUUUUCAGCUACUCAUCCCCAUACGGAAUGAUCCAAAUAACACAGCACAGGUGAAAAUAGGAAGCAGCUUUUUCAUACAGGAGUCACUGAAACUGCUGCCUAAAUUUCUGGAGGAUGUCGCUACAUUGUACAAUGCAGAAGGUUUUACUACCAGCUUUGAGAAUGCGACAGUGGCUGAAAAGCAAAUAAACAAUUAUGUGGCAGAUAAAGCAAUAUAUCCCAUGCAACUGAAGGGCUCGAUUCAGGAACUGUAA